AUGAUGCUGCUUGCCGGGCUCUGUGGCCUGCCAGCCUCCAGACCCGGUUCUCAAAAUUCAUUUGUACGAAUUGUAGUUCCAGAGAAAAUCCAAACAAAUACAAACGACACUUCAGAAACAGACAAUGAGCAGAUAUCCUAUAUUAUUCCAAUAGAUGAGAGACCAUAUACUGUGCACCUUAAGCAAAGAUAUUUCGUAGCAGAUAAUUUUAUGGUUUAUUUGUAUAAUCAAGGAUCUUUGAAUUCUCAUUCUUCAAAUAUUGAGACUCAAUGCUACUAUCAAGGAAAUAUUGAAGGAUAUCCGAAUUCUGUUGUCACACUCAGCACGUGUUCUGGACUGAGAGGAAUACUGCAACUUGAAAAUGUUUCUUAUGGAAUUGAGCCUCUGGAAUCUGCAAUUGAAUUUCAGCAUCUUCUUUAUAAAUUAGGGGAGGAAAACAAUGAAUUUUCAAUUUUUAACAACAAUAACAGCAGCAUAGAAAAAAACCCAAUGGAUUAUAACAUUUUUAUAAGUGAAAAAUUGGAAUCAGAUAUUCCAGAUUUAUUUCCUCUUUAUCUAGAAAUACAUAUUGUGGUGGACAAAGCUUUGUAUGAUUACUUGGGCUCUGAUAGCGUGAUCGUAACAAAUAAAGUCAUCCAAAUUGUUGGCCUUGUAAAUUUAAUGUUCACCCAAUUUAAAGUUACUGUUGUGCUGUCAUCAUUGGAGUUGUGGUCAGAUAAAAAUAAGAUUUCUACAGCUGGUGGGGCAGAUGAAUUAUUGCAUAGAUUUUUAGAAUGGAAACAGUCUUAUCUCACUCUAAGGCCUCAUGAUAUUGCAUAUUUAUUCAUAUAUAGAGAUCAUCCAUAUUAUGUGGGAGCAACAUUUCCUGGGAAAAUGUGUGUUACCCAUUAUUCUGCAGGAAUUGUAUUGUAUCCCAAGGAGAUAACUCUGGAGGCCUUUUCAGUUACUGUGACCCAGCUGCUGGCACUCAGUCUGGGAAUAUCAUAUGAUGACCCAAAGAAAUGUCAAUGUUCAGAAGCCACCUGUAUAAUGAAUCCAGAUGCUAUGCAAUUCAGUGGCAUGAAGACUUUCAGCAGUUGCAGUCUGAGUGACUUUAAACAUUUUGUUUCAAAUGUGGGUGCCAGAUGUCUUCAGAAUAAGCCACAAAUGCAAAUUGGUCCAAAACCAGCCUGUGGCAAUGGCAUAGUGGAAGGAAAUGAAAUCUGUGAUUGUGGUACUGCAGAACAAUGUGGACCUGAUAACUGUUGUAAUCCUAAAACUUGUCAGCUGAUAACUGGAGCACAAUGUCAUUCAGGAUUAUGUUGCAGGAACUGUCAGGUUCAAGGUUCAGGUUUUGAAUGUAGGCCCAGACUACAUCCUGAUUGUGACAUCAGUGAGUUUUGUAAUGGAUCUUCAUCAGAAUGUGGUCCUGACAUAACUAUACAAAAUGGAAAUAGAUGCAAAAAUAGAAGGCUUAUGUGUUAUGGUGGAGACUGUCCUGAUCCUGACGCACGUUGUGAAUCCAUAUUUGGAGUAGGUUCCCACAGUGCUCCAACUUACUGCUAUGAAGAAAUGCAAAGUCACACAGAUAGGUUUGGGAACUGCGGUAAGAACAGCGCAAACAAAUAUAUAUUCUGUGGAUGGAGGAAUAUUUUAUGUGGAAGAUUAGUUUGUACCUUCCCUUUUCAAACUCCUUUCCAGCAAGAAAAUGGUGAUGUGAUAUAUGCUUAUGUACGAAAUCAUGUAUGUGUAACUCUAGACCCCAGAUUGGAGUUCAACGAGCAAGAUACAAUGGCUAUAAAAAUUGGCAGUACUUGUGAUUUUGGAAGGGUUUGUAAUCCGGAUCGUGUAUGUGUUAGUGUCAGUACGUAUGGUGAUACUGCAGUUCAAUGUGCAGCAAAUUGCAGUGGACAUGGAGUGUGCAAUUCCCUGGGGAAAUGCAAUUGCACUGAUGGCUAUUUGCCUCCAAAUUGUGAAAUACUUUCUGGGAAAGUGUCUGCAGCUCUUGAGGGAAAGGAUGCAGAUCAGAAGGCAGCACUCACACAUAUGCCAGCACAACCAGAUCAGAAGGUGGCAGCCAAGCAGAUACUAGCCAAUCCGAGCCCAAAGAUAGUGCCCAAGGAAAUACCAGCAGAUCUGAAUCACAGGAAAGCACCCAAUCACUUAGCAGUAGUGACUAGUAAUUCCCUCAGAAGGCAAUGGACACUGAGAAAUGAAAAUUCUGCUUUUCCUCCUGUGGUCACAGCUGAAGGAAACAAUAAACCAAGUGAAGACCAGUUUAUGUGCCUGCGUGUCUGUUUUUCUCUCCUCUUCUCUCUCUCAGAAUGCAGCCCCUAG